UUAUUCUCAUAAAGUAGACUUUGACUUGGUAAGUUGGUACCCAUUAUUGGAGGAGGCUAGCUGCUCAUACGUCAUGAUAUCAUAUAAUGCUAUGUGUACGUGCCUUAGUCUUUUAGUGAUUUGUUAUGAUCGGGAUAAUGAAGAGUCCUCAUGGGAUUUUGUUUGUCAUUUUUUCCUUUGCAGCUUUUUCCAUCACUCAUCUUGUUGAAGCACAAAAUCAAGAGGGUUUUAUCACUUUAGAUUGUGGCUUGCCUUUAAAUGAAUCUCCUUAUGUAGAGCCGGAAACAGAAAUACAGUUCUUGUCAGAUGAGAACUUCAUCCAAGGUGGAAAGAUGGGUAGAAUCCCGGCUAAUCUUGAAUCAGAAAACCUUAAGCCCUACUCGACCCUACGAUAUUUUCCAGAUGGAAUACGAAAUUGCUAUGAUAUAAGGGUAGAAGUUGGGAGGAAUUAUCUAAUUAGAGCUAUGUUUUUCUAUGGAAACUUUGACGGGCUUAAUGUUAGCCCAGAGUUCGAUAUGUAUACAGGCCCUAAUAAGUGGACAACCAUAGAUCUACAAAAAGAACCAUCUGGUUCAGGUAAGGAAAUCAUUCACAUCUCAAGAUCAAACUCUUUGCAAAUUUGUCUUGUUAAGACGGGGGCAACUACACCAAUGAUAUCGACCUUGGAAUUACGACCAUUGGCGAAUGAUACUUACUUGGCUAUAUCUGGUUCCCUCAAACUUAACUUUCGUAUGUAUCUUAGUAAUUCCACUGCUCUUCUUCGGUACCCGAAAGAUGUUUACGAUCGUACAUGGGUUCCAUUUUUCCAACCCGACAAUUGGGCACACAUUUCGACAACAGCAAAUGUGUCCAAUAAAAAUCACUAUGAUCCACCGCAAGCUGUGCUUAAAGGGGCCGCGAUACCUAAAAAUCUGGAUGGACCACUGACGAUAACUUGGAGGUUGGAGAAUCCUGAUUAUCAAAUCUACUUGUAUCGGCACUUUGCUGAGAUCCAAGAUAUAGAGGCCAAUGACACUAGAGAAUUUGACUGUUUGUUGAAUGGAGAAACAAUUACUAUUAAUGCUAUUAAUCCUAAAUAUCUUGAAAUAGAGACUAUGCUUACCACAAUUCCCAAGGAAUGCAAUGGAGGUAUCUGCCAUAUGCAGUUGAUAAAAACCCAAAGAUCGACACUUCCACCUCUGCUUAAUGGUUUUGCAGUUUACUCAGUUCUUCAGCUUCCACAACUUCAGACAAAUGAAACUGAAGUGGUUGCUAUCAAGAACAUCAGUUAUACUUAUGAAUUAAAUAGAAUCAAUUGGCAAGGAGAUCCAUGCGUCCCCAGACAAUUCUUGUGGGAUGGAUUAAACUGUAGCAUCUCAGAUAUAUCUGUGCCACCAAAAAUAAUAUCCUUAAAUUUGUCUUCAAGUGGCUUGAGUGGAACCAUACUAUCUCACUUUCAGAAUCUAAACCAUCUAGAGAUCUUGGAUUUGUCAAAUAACAGUUUGAGUGGAAUGGUGCCCGAAUUUCUAGCCUCUAUGAAAUCAUUGUUGGUCAUAAACUUGAACGGUAACAAUCUUAGCGGUUCAAUUCCUAAGAGUCUUCUCAAUAGGGAAAGAGAAGGGCUGAAAUUAUAUGUCCUUGGAAACAAACAUCUUUGUCUAUCUAGUACAUGCAUAGAUACCAAGCUAAAGAAGAAAUUUCCAGUGACGAUUGUCGCACCCAUUGCUUCCAUCGCUGCUGUCGUUGUCAUGAUCAUCCUCUUAUUCAUGUUGAGAAAGAAAAUGUCAUCAAGUAUGGAAGAUUUUUAACACUAUGUAAAUGUCAUGCAUGUUUUAUCUUUUAUACUUGCAUAUGCUUUACGUACAGGAAGUAAGUCUGAACCAUGGAUAAAGACUAAACGGAGAAGGUUUACUUAUUCAGAGGUUUUAGGAAUGACUAAGAACUUGCAACAACCUCUAGGUGAAGGAGCGUUUGGCAUUGUUUAUCAUGGUAACCUAAAUGGUUCAGAGCAAGUAGCUGUCAAACUGCUUUUGCAAACAUCAGCACAAGGUUAUAAAGAAUUUAAGGCAGAGGUAGAACUUCUUUUGAGGGUUCACCACAUAAAUUUGGUAAGUCUUGUUGGGUAUUGCGAUGAAAAAGAUCACUUUGCCCUCAUCUAUGAAUACAUGUCCAAUGGAGACUUACAUCAGCAUUUAUCAGGAAAACAUGUUGGGUCCGUUUUGGACUGGGGAACGCGACUACAAAUAGCCAUCGAAGCUGCAUUAGGAUUAGAAUACGUGCAUAUUGGAUGCAAACCAGCAAUGGUGCACAGAGAUGUCAAAAGUACAAAUAUCUUGUUGGAUGAAGAGUUCAAAGCCAAAAUUGCGGAUUUUGGUCUUUCAAGAUCUUUCCAAGUUGGAGGUGAUCAAUCUCGAGUUUCAACAGUAGUUGCUGGCACUUUGGGAUAUCUCGAUCCUGAAUAUUACUUAACAAGUGAGUUGUCUGAGAAGAGUGAUAUCUACAGUUUUGGGAUCUUAUUAUUGGAGAUUAUCACAAAUCAGCGAGUGAUUGAUCAAACACGUAAAAAGCCAAACAUAGCAGAAUGGGUGACAUAUGUGAUUAAAAAAGGAGAUACUAGUAAGAUCGUGGACCCUAAACUACAAGGGAACUACGAGCCUCGCUCUGUCUGGAGAGCUCUUGAAGUAGCAAUGUCAUGUGCAAAUCCUUCAUCCGCCAAACGCCCUAACAUGUCCCAAGUUAUCAUUAAACUUAAAGAGUGUCUUGAAUCUGAAAACGCGAGGAUAAAUACUAAUCAAGACACAAACUCUCCUCAUAGUUCGGUUGAGCUGAGAGUGACUGCAACCUUUGAUAGCGACAUGUACCCUAAGGCAAGAUAGUAUAUGUGUCUUUGUCUAAUGUUGGCAUGGAUCAAACCUAUUGGUGUAUACCUGUCUAAUUAUUGUCAAUCAGCUUUUCUUAAAAUGCGCUUCAAUGUAAGAAGAAGUUAAAGUAUGCAUGUAUAUUAACCGUUGUAAAAUGUAAGCACACGAAUGUUGUAAAGUGAUCAAAUAUAUCGGCAUAUACAUGUAAAACUAGGUAAUAUCCAUGUCCUGCACAUAAUUAAAUAUUUUAUGAACUAUUAGGGCGAGUCCGCGCUUCGCGUGGGAUUUUGACGCAAUUAAAUGUUUUGAUCAGACAUUUUGUUUUUCAGUUUUGAAAGAUUAGUUAUCUAUUUUUAUGAAACAUUAUUUUAUGUGAUCUUUUUUAUAUAACAUGUUAUGAUAUUGAGAGCGAAAUAAGUGUGGUUGACUAAAUUACAUAAUUACAUAAUUGUGAUUCUUUGAAUGGGGUAAUAUUUUUUAAUUAGAUGAUACAUUUCCUUUGCUUUAUUUGAGAUCAUCCACUAUCAUAUGUUUUGUUAAACUUUGUGUAUCCCGGUUAGUUAGAACUUUAUAUAAUUAUUUACUUAAAAUAAAAGUUAAAGAAACGAUGUUACAAUGUCAUUUUGCUUUCUUUAAAAGUGUGUUGAUACUUGGUGAUAGUACUAUGGAUGGUAUAUUUUUUUUAUUAUAUAAUUUUAGUUUUUUUAAAAUGUUUUGAUUAUGUAUAAUCACUGCUUGUGCUUUUCCAUCAUUUUUCAAAUUAAUUUUGUAAAGUUUGAUUUUGGUAAGCACAAAAGAAAAAAUACUUGUGAGAAUAUAUAUUUUUCUCUUGGUCUGAGUUUGAUGAAAUGUGAGAAAUAAUAUCACAAAUGUAUUUAUUUUAUUUUCGUUGUUAUGAUUUUUUAGAUAUUUAGGAAGUUUAUAUAUAUUUUAGAUUUGAUUAUGCAUUUUCACUAAAUUAUUGUUCGUUGACUUAUUUUUCGCAAUUAUAUAUGCAUUUUCAAUAAUUUUCAUUUUUUAUUUUUUAUAUCUUCUAAACUUUAAUUUUAAACAAAUUUUGUAAAAUUAUUUUUUGAUUUUUUAUUAAUCAUUGGU